AUGGAGACAGGGAAAUCGGCUUCCCUGACGACGGCGGGCAAGGCGGCGGGCGGCUUGGGCAACGUGGACCAGGUGCGGCAGGUGUUCGCCCAGUACAACAUCUCUUGCAACGAGCUCCGCGAGGUGCUCUACGUGCUCGGUUCCUCCCCCACGACCUGCGAGGAGGCUCGAGUCGCCAUGUCUGAGAUCGACAAGGACGGCGACGGGUUCAUCAACCUCGACGAGUUCGCGGAGCUGAUCCUCGGUGGCGGCGAUAGGGGGCCCGAGUGCCGGGCCAAGGAGCUCAAGGACGCCUUCGACUUGUAUGACCUCGAAGGGAACGGGGUGAUUUUGGCGAGCGAGUUUCCCGCGGUGUUGAAGAAGCUGGGGCAGAAGUGCAACCGCAGGUACUGCAGGAAGAUGAUUAGCUUGGUCGAUCGGGACGGGGACAGCAACGUCAACUUCAAGGAGUUCAAGAAGAUGAUGACGAUGGCGAGCAACGGAGCUUUGAGCUGA